ACAAACGGAUUCAUUUCUUCGCCCAGUGAACGAAUAUAGAAAAAGCGUCUUCUUCAACAGCACGGAUUUCAUCUCGAAAAAGCGAAAAUUUUAGAUAAAUAUCUACGUUUGACCUUCCUCAAUCUAUAGUUUAGUGUUCUGAAGUGAACCGUCGCUUGUUUUGUUGCUACGGUUACGAAACGCGAGUAGUUGCUGCAGAAACGAAAAUCCCUUUGCUAAUCAACGUAGUCACGAAGUAACAACUAACGAUGGCGGAUCUAGAGAAGAUUGAAAUCCGGGACGUUACCCGUAUCGAACGUAUAGGGGCACAUUCGCACAUCCGUGGCCUUGGGCUUGACGAUGUGCUUGAAGCACGCACCGUUUCCCAGGGCAUGGUAGGGCAGAAGGAAGCUCGCCGGGCCGCUGGUAUUGUGGUGCAGAUGGUACGUGAAGGAAAAAUCGCCGGCCGAUGUAUUUUGCUGGCGGGUGAACCUAGCACGGGUAAGACGGCGAUUGCUGUCGGCAUGGCACAGGCUCUCGGUAACGAGACACCCUUUACCAGUAUGUCCGGUUCGGAGAUCUAUUCGCUGGAGAUGAACAAAACCGAAUCACUGUCACAGGCGUUGCGCAAAAGUAUCGGUUUGCGGAUUAAGGAGGAAACGGAAAUCAUCGAAGGUGAGGUGGUGGAGAUUCAGAUCGAUCGGCCAGCAACGGGCACAGGUCAAAAGGUGGGCAAAGUGACGAUGAAAACGACCGACAUGGAGACAAAUUACGAUCUUGGCAACAAGAUUAUCGAAUGUUUCAUAAAAGAGAAAAUCCAAGCAGGCGAUAUUAUCACUAUCGACAAAGCGUCCGGCAAGGUAUCGAAGCUGGGACGAAGUUUCACGCGAGCCCGUGACUAUGACGCAACCGGAACGCAGACUCGUUUCGUCCAGUGUCCGGAAGGGGAGCUGCAGAAGCGCAAGGAAGUGGUACACACGGUGUCGUUGCACGAGAUCGAUGUUAUUAACAGCCGGACACAUGGCUUUUUGGCAUUGUUUUCCGGAGACACGGGCGAAAUCAAGCAGGAGGUACGUGAUCAGAUUAACAGCAAGGUGAUCGAAUGGCGUGAAGAGGGCAAAGCGGAAAUCAAUCCCGGCGUGUUGUUCAUCGAUGAGUGUCACAUGCUGGACAUUGAAUGUUUCUCCUUCCUGAACCGUGCGCUCGAAAGCGAUAUGGCACCGGUGGUGGUAAUGGCCACGAAUCGAGGCAUCACAAAAAUUCGUGGCACACAAUACCGCAGUCCGCAUGGCAUUCCGAUCGAUUUGCUCGAUCGUAUGAUUAUCAUUCGCACAGUUCCGUACACGGAGAAGGAGAUUAAGGAAAUUCUGAAGAUACGCUGCGAAGAGGAAGAUUGUCAGAUAAGCAACGAUGCAUUGCUGGUGUUGGGACGUAUUGCGACAGAAACGAGCUUGCGUUACGCGAUUCAAUCGAUCACGACGGCAAGCCUGGUGAGCAAACGUCGUAAGGCGGCUGAAAUUACGAUCGAAGACGUUCGGAAGGUGUUUUCGCUGUUUUUGGACGAGAAGCGGUCGAGCAAAAUAAUGCAAGAAUAUCAAGAUGAGUAUCUGUUCUACGACGACAGCCUGCCGAAAACGGCGUCCGAUGAGCAGCGGCAGUCACAAGCGAUGGAAGUGGAGAGCAACUAAGGAUGGUCCAAAGUGUGUUGAAGAUGAAGCGAAAGGGAGGUUGAAUUUCCCUCUUUACAUAUUCCACAAAACGUUUGCAGUGCUUGAAGAAUAAAUUUUAGCUCUACACAGCUUCCACAAACCAAGGAA